AUGGCAUACAGUGACCUACCAGCACAUUUAUUCAAAUCACUUCAUCUAUCCAAUCCAAAAAGUUAUAACGUCUAUCUAGUUGGAUCUCGUCUAUGGGGAACAAAUACUGAUAAAAGCGAUUGGGAUGUUCUGAUCGUAGGUGAUGUAUCAUCAGAGCAGCUCAGUAGCCUCCACAAAUCUCAAUAUGAUAUUAAAUUGCUUGAUCGACAAGAGUUCAUAGCACGAGCGAAACAAGGUUCUAUUAUAGAAGUUAUCUGUGCUCUACUGCGCAAAGAAGAUAUGUUGCAAUGUGCUUUUGAUAUUGGCAAUCUAUCAGUGGACUCAGACGCUAUAAAAAUAUGGUUGCAAGAACGACAAGUCAAAGAUUUAGCAAAAGCAGAGAAAUUUUGGCAGAAAGGAAAUCGACAAUCCGGCUGGAAAAUUCUCAGACAUAUUCUACAUUCAAGAGCCCUCUACAAUUAUCUCGCUGAUGUCCUUCGUGAGCAACAAACAAACUAUUGUUCAAAAAUAACAGUAUAUCUAAAAGCAACAUGUUCAGUAUUUGCUAUGAUUCUAAUAAGUACAAUACUUUGGAUUAUCGGUUGUGAAAUAUUAUGGCAUGGAACAUGGCGUAUAGAAGAUAUUUAUCAAGCGAAAAAACAAUUUUAUAUCUAUAAAAUAAUUAUUCUAACAAUUUUUCUUGGUUUUGGAAUAAUAAUGGUUAUUAUUUCUGCAUCACUUGUUUUAUUUGGUAUACCAUUUACAGUAUUUCAUAUCGAUCAUUUAUUUAAUCGACGACGUAUAAAAAUAUCAAAUACACCGACGGUUGAAAAUAAUAAAUUACAAAAUCAAAAUUCAAAACAAGCAUUUAUAUGGGCAAUUAGCAUUUUUGUAUUAGUUAUUAUUGGUCUCGGAAUCGGAGGAAUCGGUUGUGAAGUAGUACAUUGGAGUGGAUUAAAAUUUCGAGCAUUAUUUAAAAAUAAUGUUGAAUCCGAUAAAAUUCAUUUUUAUUUAAAACAAUGUUCAUUCUUAGCCAUAAUGUUUGCUGGUUUAUUAUUAUCUUUUAUUGGAUUAUUACUUGCACCAUUUAUGCUUGCUUUUGCUGGUGUUGUUUCAUUCGAUAAGAAAAGAAGUAGUUAUCGAUUUCGUUCUCGUCGUCAUCGUCGUUAA